CCGCAUGCGGUGAGGCCGAUCGCCGAAUAGAAACAAGAGCGGACUUGAGACGUUAUUAGAACGCGACUCUUACCGAAACUUUCCUAUUCUGCUUCGCGGAGGCUCCGUCUCAUGGCUCUCGCCGCGUGCGGGGCCUCUCGGGGCGCCUCGACCCGCUUUUCCCCGUGGCUGCGGCUGGCUUUCCACCGCUGGGUCCUCCGCCCGAGCUCCGGCGGGCCGCUGCCUCCACCGGAGUCGGAGAAGGAGAAGGUGGUGCGGAUCCCGCGCGCUUGGCAACUGCGGUUGGAGCGGGGCUCCUUCAGGCGCAGAGGAAGAGGCGCCCCCGCAGCUGACAUUCCUCGGACCGGGAAGCUUUUGCUGCGGAGCCGGCGGCCGGAACUUAGUCAAGCCGCUCGCCACACGGUGGGGCGCUGGGAACAGCCGCCCUUGGUCUCGGCUGGCUGGAAGCAUCGCUUGUCUCGGGGGGACUAUUUCCAGCUGCAGCGAAUGCGACAGGAGGCGCCUCAGGAGCGAAACCCCGAUGCUGCUGAUGCUGCUCCCUCCUCUUUCCAAGCUCUGGGAGUGCAGCCACAGCUGGCCUCCAUCUUAGAGGAUGUUCUCAGCAUCUCUAAGCCCACUGCUGUGCAGAUACGUGCCAUCCCUCCCCUUCUGACGGGGUGCAAUGCCCUGUGUGCUGCAGAGACUGGCAGCGGGAAAACCCUGGCCUACCUACUGCCCCUUAUCCAGCGGCUCUUACAAUCACCGGCCCUCACAUAUGGGGCCGCUGCUAUCCCUGCCCCCCGCUCCUUGGUGGUGUUGCCAUCCCGGGAGCUUGCAGGACAGGUGCGACGCGUUGCCUCUUACCUGUGCACUCCACUGGACUUGCAGGUGACAGAUAUAGGUGGUGGCCGGGGCAAACACUCUGUCCAGCAGAAGCUCCGGGCUGGUCCUGCUGAUCUCUUGGUGGCCACACCAGGUGCACUGUAUAAGGCUUUGCAGAGAAAGGGAUUGUCCCUGGAAAAGCUGUGCUGCCUAGUGUUGGAUGAAGUGGACACCUUGCUGGAUCCCACAUUUGUAGACCUUGUGGAAGAUGUGCUUCGGCAUGCCUUCUUUGCCACUAGCCCUGAGGAACUUGGUGAUGUUUGGAAUCCUAAAGCCCAGUUAGUGGCUGUAGGAGCCACCCUUCCAAAGGGGUUGGGUGACCUGCUGAGUAAAGUCACUGAUCUGAGCAGCUUCAAUGUCCUAACCAGCUUUAGUCUGCAUCGUCUUCAACCUCAUGUUGAGCAAAAGUUUGUGCGUCUGAAAGGCGCUGACAAGGUGGUGGAGCUGUUGCAGCUUAUGAAAGACCGGGGGCCCUCAUCUGGAGCUGUUUUGAUUUUCUGCAACAAGGCCAGCACUGUCAACUGGCUUGGUUACAUUUUGGAUGAUCAUAAAAUUAAACACCUACGCCUGCAAGGACAGAUGCCAGCACUUGAGAGAGCUGGCAUCUUUGACACCUUCCAGAAAGGCCAAUUCGACAUCUUAGUAUGCACUGAUAUUGCUUCCCGGGGUCUGGACACCACCCAUGUGGAGCUAGUUGUGAACUAUGACUUCCCAGCAACACUGCACGAUUAUCUGCAUCGUGUUGGGCGUAUUGGUCGCACAGGCAGUAAGUUCCCUGGGACUGCAGUUAGCUUUGUAACCCACAAGUGGGAUGUGGACCUUGUCCGGAAAAUAGAAACUGCAGCUCGUAAAAGGACUCCAUUGCCAGGGAUGGAACCUGUUGUUAAAGAAGCUUUGUCUAAAAAGAAAAAGCCCUGAGUCUUACUAAAGGAUUCUAGUUUAAAGUGAUGUUUGAAUAGGUACUUGACUGUGUAAGUGCAAUCAAACAUUCUGUGUACUUAGGUUGAGAACCUGUGCAAAAGAGCAGCCCAACCAAAUAACUAUGUGUACUCAUUAAAGGCACAAGCAUAAAUGAC